CCGAUACUGCAACCCUUGCCUCUAGACCAUGCCAUACAGGGAAGCAGGAUUACCUUUACCCACUAACACAGCCACUCAAGUCAGCGAUGUCAGCGGCUGCCCUGGGGGGAUGGGGGUACACAACAGACCGGCCGUUGCUGUAUGGAGGGACCGAGUCUACCACCAAGCGUGUCACCUCAGCGGUGAGACAGACCUCCUACUUGCCUCCCACUCAGCCUGCAACAGCACGAACCCUGCAGCGGCAGCUAUGUGUGGAUGACGCCGGACCCCCCAUCGCGGCUGACAACGGCCCCCAGGGGACCAAGCAGGACAAGCACUCCGUACCACGGCUGCAACCCCAGGGAAGCCGGCGAAUGGCUCAGAGAGCGGCAGGGCUGGACUGUGUUUUGCUGCCUGCUCUGGUGGACACUCACCCACUGCUGCAUGAAACGGACAGAGCAGGUAUCAGAUAG